AUGCCUAAACCUGGAAAUAAAAAGGAUGUAGAGCGAUCACUGGGACUAAUUACUUACGUGGGUGCUUUUAUACCAAAUCUAUCUGAUAAGACAUUGUUGUUGAGAGAGUUGUUAAAAAAAGAAACGGAAUGGCACUGGGAUGAACGACAUGACGAGUGUUUAAAAGUUAUAAAACAGUGUUUAUCAAAACCACCAGUGUUAAGACAUUACGACUUAGACCUCCCUAUUACUAUCUUAGUAGAUGCGAACAAAAGCGGCUUAGGUGCCUGUCUAAUGCAAAAAGGAAUGCCAGUUUGUUAUGCGUCUAAGUCAUUGUCAAAAGCAGAACAGCGAUAUGCUCAGAUAGAGAAGGAGUUAUACGCUUGCGUUUUUGCUUGUGAGAGGUGUCAUGCGUACAUUUACGGAAGAACAGAUGUCGUGAUCGAAACUGAUCACAAGCCACUCGUUAGCAUUAUAAAGAAACCAAUAGUGGACUCACCAUCGCGCCUACAACGGAUGUUAUUGAAAUUACAACGCUAUACAUUCAAAUUAGUCUACAAAGCCGGUAAACAUCUAUUUAUUGCAGACGCGUUGUCACGGGCAUACGAGCCCGAGCCGGCGUUGAGCGUGCAGGUUUCCAGCGCUGACUAUACACAGCACGAUGAAGUUUGCGCGAUCACAAGAGAUAUGGCACUGAGCGCAGCGACUGAUGUUACGGACUUGCAGUUUAUUAAGUUGCAAAAGAGUUUAGAAAAUGAUGAUGAACUCGCGUUGUUGAGGAAAUACAUAAGAGAAGGGUGGCCUACAAACAAACAUGACGUCAUAGAUUUGGUAAAGCCAUAUUGGGGCUAUAAAGAGAAUUUAUCGAUCGCGUAUGGUCUAGUCUGGAAGGAUCAAAGGAUAGUGGUGCCAAAACUCUUAAGAAAAGAUUUGUUAAAAAAGAUACACGUCGGUCAUGUAGGGUUGCAAAAAUGUCAAUUGCGGGCAAGGGAGACAAUAUUUUGGCCGGGAAUAAAUAACGAUUUAACAAAUUUAAUAUCUAACUGUAGUAUAUGCCUGACGUACAGGAAAAACAACCAAAAGGAAGAAAUGCAACCUCACGAAAUUCCCGACCGACCAUGGGCAAAAGUAGGUACAGAUCUAUUUCAAAUAAAAGGUGUGGAUUAUUUAUUAUUAGUCGAUUACUAUAGCAAAUUUUUUGAAAUGGAGAAAUUACAAUGUACAACUUCAGCGAGUAUAAUUGAAACCCUAAAAAACAUAUUUAGUCGUCAGGGUAUACCGAACGUAGUCAUGUCUGAUUGUGGUCCACAGUUUUAA